AUGCUGCGCUCUGACCGGGGAGGGGAGUUCCUCGGGAAGCAGUUCACCGACUUCGUGAACGGCAAGGGGAUCGUCCACGACCUGACCUGCCCAUACACCCCGCAGCAGAACGGCAUGGCGGAGCGGGAGAUGAGGACGGUGGUGGAGUCGGUGCGGACAAUGCUGCUGCACAUGGGCGUGCAGCACCACUGGUGGCACCUCGCUCUCCGGCAGGCCGUCUGGGUCCGCAACUGCCUUGAGAGGUCGGCGCUGCCGCCGGGGACGACGCCGUACCAACUGCUGACCGGGAAGAAGCCCGACUUGUCGCUGGCGCGGGUGUGGGGCUGCAUGGCGCAAUUCUUAGUCACCGAGCAGCAGCGUGGUGGGAAGCUGCAGCCGAAGGCCAGGUGGGGCCUGCACCUUGGCGUGUCGGCGGCGAGCAAGGGCUGGGAGCUCCUCGACGUCGACGCCGACCGGGUGGUCACCACGUCGGAUGUGGUGUUCUACGAGGAGCUGUCGCUGGCCGAGUGGAAGACGGAGUACGGGUCGGUGUCCGGCCGCUCGUCGCCCACCCCGCCCUCUGACACCUCGUCGGCGACGCUGCCACUGCUUGCCGAGGUCGCUGACCACGGUGUCGGCCUCCGGCGAUGA